UUGAAAGAGCUUGCUCGCGAUUCUCCAAUCACGUUUCAAGAUAAGGCUGUUGGAGGGUUAGACCGGUAGUUGUGUCGGUUGAAAAUCGCGCGUCGCUGUGUUUGGUAAUUUUGUAUCAUCGAAACAGUAAACGACGCUGUGCUGCUGGUAAGAUCACAAAUUCCCUAUGGCAACGGCAACUUCUGUACUGCUGCCGCUGCUGCUGGCGGCGGCAUGUCGGUGCCAGACGGAGUCCAGUUUUGAGGAGCCAUUGCACAGCGAUGUGGCUCUCUCAGAGCUGGAGCGUGAGGGGAGAGACCAGUACCAGCAGGCUGUGGAGAGGAUAUCCAUGCCGCAGUCCGGGACCUGCUGGAAGCAAGCUGUUGCCGCCCUUCAAGGUGGCUGCCGGCAGCUCGACGAGAAGACCCAUGGUGAUCUGGCUCUGCAAUUUUCUGACUGUUUCCUGGAGAUGUCAGGGCUCGAGAAGCAUAACUGCCAAUUUGAAGACAAAGCAUGCCUACGUGAAAUGAACCAGAUUGCAUUUGAUACUUAUUCAAAGUUUUACAUCCACACACAAAGCAUGUGCUACUUCCUGUAUAAUCAAGCAUGGCAUCAGGAAACAGAAAAAACCAUAGCACGACUGACAACUACAUCUUCAAAGAUGUCACAGCAAUUGCAAGAGUCUGCCGAGGUGCAGAGCAAGAUGUUGUCAGAUCUCCUAUUGGUGAGCACCGUCGUGGGACAAGUAUCGACUGUACUGCUCGCCGUCCAGAAUCUCUUGCUCAGUGGCUCCUCGUUCUUUGGCACUGUGCUGUUCUUCACCGUGGCUGCAGUCGCCUUAGCAGCUCUCGGCCGAACGCGUUCCGGUUCCAGUGUGGUACCGCACAUGUUUGCUGUGCUGUUUGCUGGGGCCAUUGUGGAGACUGUUAUUGCAAAUUGGUUUGCUGAUGAUGCAGCAACUCAUUACCAGUGGGUGUGGUAUCUACGGUGCUUUGAAACAAUUUUGUGCACGGUACUGCUUGGUUACGCAGCUUGGAGGUACCAGCACUAUGGACCGGCAAACAACAGGUUGUUGAAAAUGAUUGACAACAAGAUUGAUCGGGUGCUGGUUGCAGUUCUAAGUAUCAAUAAGGUGAAAGGACCACUUCAGUCAACAUGUGUUAAAUGUGGACACAAUAAUGGAACAUAUUCGGAUAAUGCCUAUUACAACAUAAGCCAAAAAAAAGAAAAAUCACUGCCUGGAAUGUAUGAAAAUAGUAAAAGGGAGGAAACUGAAGACAAGCCAAGCAUUUUCUCGCAAUCAGCAUAUGCACCUUUUCUGCCGCAACAUACUCCAGUGGCAGCAGACAGCCCUUCCACGACCCGUUGGGCUAAGGCUGACUUCACUGGGUCCUUUGAAACCCGCUACUCCAGGCGGUCCAGUCUGCCACGCCGGAGUCCUACGCCAUUUGUCGAUGCCCAGCAAGUCGUGGCACCUCCGCCACCAUAUGAUUAUGUGGAUUUGAAAAGCGAGGCUAGAAAGGACACCACAGCUCCGUUGACAAGAAGAGAUUUUUACACACCAGAGCGUGAAACACGCAGCAGUACAGAGGUAAAGAAGGCUGUUGUGCGAAUAGAACCACUAAAAACUCAAGUAUCGGCCCCGACUCCACAGAGCCAGGCGCCGCAGACGCCAGAGCCGCCGCGGCGACAGACACCGACAAGGAAAGUUCGUCAGGCAAGGAGUGAUUCUGAACAGAAAGCCCUGCAGCCCAGCUCAGAGUACAGUCUGCGCAGCCACAACAGGGACACGGGCUCUAUAGCUUGAGUUUUAACGUCACAGCAAAUGGGAUUGUGUCACAUUUUCAAAGAUCUGAGUACAAUUUUUCCUUGCCUUUAGCAUUUGGUGAUGUUCUUUUGCUGUCCAUUCCCAAUGACUCGACGUCAUAUAUCAGCUAUAUACAGAGGUCAUAAAUAUAUUAUACAUAAAUAUGUCUUCAGCAGGAAUGAUUAGGAUGUCAGCUCGCAGAACCAUACCCUUGGAUCAAAUCAGCUGAAGUGCAUUUUUAAUACUUUUUGAGUUGGUGUUAUUGCACAAAUGCAUGUAGUUGUUAAUUUUGUUACAUUGUAUGGUACUUAAAGAAUAUAUUAAUUACAGAA